AUGACGGAAUUUAUCGUAAAAGACGCACACAAAUGCAAAGUUAAUCUUUGCUCACGAGCUAGUCAUGAAAGUGAACGUAUUUCAAACGUAUCAUUGAAUCGAAGCACAAAAAUGCUAGCUACAACUAUACGAUUAUUGGAACGUAUAAAACGGAAAGAACAGCUAACAGUCACAGAAUUUGGUGAUGAAAAUGAACACGUAGCUAUUCUGUUACAACGUGCAGGUAUCACGCAUGGUCAAGUGCAACGUGAAUGGCCUGAAGCAGUGACAGGUAGGUCAAAUAUCAUUUCUACUACUACUACUACUAUUACUACUUCUUCUACUAUCACUACUACCAAUACAUUUAAUAUUUUUGAAUUGCUCACCAAUUCUUUUGGUGCUAUUGCCAGCACUAAUUUUUUAAUCACUAAUUUAACAAAUAUAAAUACAACAACUAAACAUUUUCAUUUAUUCAAUUUUAAAACUAUUUUACCAACUUACGGUAAAGCACAUAAAAUUAUUCCCUUAAUUAUCACUACUACUACUUCUAUGAAUGUUUCAAUCAAUGACACAUAA